CGGUGAUCUGCGAACUUUGUUUUUGUCGCGAGUGUCUGUGCUAAACUAGAAUUUUGACGCAUUAGAGAAACGUUAAAGCUGAAGAAAGCGAUGGAAAGCUCUUGCAGCUCGACUUCAAGCGAAGGUAAUGAUCCUGGUUUAAGGAAAUGCAGUGACUGUAAAAAGUCUUACAAAUCCUGCGAAUGCAAGAAUUGCUCAAAGUGUGGAUCAGUUUUUCACAAGUUUUGGGGAACCAACCUAGUGAAGGGAAGGUCCCAUUGCCGCACAUGUUGUGCAGCAGUAUGUGUUACUUGUCAUGUGGUAGCCAACAAUGGUAUAAAGGUGUGUACAAGAUGUCUUAUCAAACAAAAAGAGGAUGAGAUGAAUACACAGAAAGCACUCUCAGCUAUUGAGGAAGCCAGAACAGGGAGAGUUGACUCAGUGUCUUCAGUGAGAUCAGACUCAUUUGUGGUUGUGUCAUCGUUGUCUCGUCUGUCUCCUGAGAAGAAGAAAGAGGCUCUUUUUGAGGCUGCCAAGACAGGAGACCACUACUCCAUGGUGACUCUUCUGAAUGACAAUGUUGAUGUGAAUAUAAGAGAUGUGGACAAAAAUACCCCACUAUUUUUUGCAGCUGAAGGUGGACAUCUUCCUUGUGUGGCUCUGUUAAUGGAAAGGAAUGCAGAUGUGAAAGCCACAAACAGUAAAUCAUGGACCCCUCUUCAUGCUUUAGCAUGGAAAGGUUCAAGUGAUGGCCAUGUUGAGUGUGGUGAGCUUCUUAUUCAGAUGGGUGCUGUCAUAUUUGCCUUGACAGAUACAGUGGAGACAGCUGCAGACCUUGCAGCUCGCUCAGGGGGCAAACAGGAGUUAGUGCAGCUGUUAAGAGCUGUAGAAGUGGAUGUUGCGGUACAGAAAUUACAUGAAAAGUUGCAAACUCCAUCAAGUUUUUCAACCAAGGAUCAAAUGUUGAAGAUUUACGUUGCAACCGUUUUGAGACACAUUAAAGGAAACAUACCUCUGGACCGUACAAAAAAAGAAUGGAAAGGUAAUGACGCGAAAAGUUCACGAUUUCUAAAGACGCCCGAACUCAUGAGAAGGGAAGACUUCACAAAAUCCCUGGACAGGGGGCUUCGUAAACACAAUUCUUGUGAAGAAUUGCGUCCUGAGACCAACGGGACCUGGAGUUUUGGUACCAGUUCUCCGUCGUAUAACAUUCCAAGAGCUGACGUUGAGCCAAUCAUUAGAUCGGAUUUGUUGCCUUCUGUGACGGCCAACCCUUCAAAGCUUGAGGAAAGGUUGAUGAAAUGUCAGGCUGAGAAGGACGACGCAGAACAGCGCUGUAAGAGGCUGAUGCAGUCAAUAGCAAGUGCUGCUGAGGCCCACGAAAAAGAGGUCACAAGGUUACAGCAAGAGAUAGAUAUUGCACGAGAACAAAAGGAGAUCGCCUUAAAACGGUACGAAGCUACCUAUGUCAACAAAAUGGCUAAAAUCCGACAAGAAACGGAAUCGGCUCUUCAAGAGGCCAGCGCGCGGCUUAAACAAGCGGAGAAGGACCGGGCCGAGGUGCUUCACAUGCAAAACAAUUUCAGGCUAACGUGGGUCCCGGAUGAGCUUGUUAAUUACUGUUCAAACAGCAAGUGUCGAGCCCCCUUCACACAGACAAGGAGACGUCAUCAUUGUCGAUGCUGUGGUCGAGUAUUCUGUUACAACUGCACAGAUCAAUCAACACCAAUUCCAGCCUUUGGAUACGUACAACUUGUCCGAGUGUGUAAUCCUUGCUUUGCUUUGAUAGACGAUAUGUUCUGUGAGGAACCCGUUGUUUUAACCGACACAUGACAGAUGUUGCUAGCGGAAAAGUGGUGUCUUGUCUGGCCAUUACCACGAAGUUCGCUUCAAAGACUUCCCACCGUGACAGAAGUGAUUAACACUGUCACGGCCUCUUACCGCGACCAUACGAAACGUUGCCCAGUUGUGUGACCUUACCGAGUGAAACAUUAACCCUCUACACCCUGACAUCAGCAUGGAUAUUCUCCAUGUUGUUCUCUAUACAUUUCCUAAGGUGCUAACAAGGAGAAUCUGGUUAACAAUCAAGAGUUUCUUUAGUUCGGGAUCAUUUCCUUAUUCUCCCUACCUUAUUGUUUGAUUCAGGGGUGAUAUGGUAUGGGGAAAUUAAAUACUAAUCACUCUUAGGAGCUUAAGGGUUAACAACGUCUGUUAUGUUACCCAGUACAGACCCUCAAAAGAUAUUUGCGUUGUAUUAUAAAUCAGAGUUCUUACUUUGCAAUAAGAAUGGGUUGAACCAAAGAACAGAUUUAAUAUAUGCUACUUUAAGAUGGA